AUGGGUAUUUUUUUUCGUUCAUUUUGCUUGUCUAUUUCAAUGUUUUAUGUCAAUUUUUUUAUCAAUCUUUCUUUCUCUUUCUUUCUUUCUUUCUUUUCCUCUUUACUUAAUUUCUUCUUUUUUUCGUUUUUCUUUUCUAAUAUUUUUCCUUUUGUCAAUUUUGUUGCGUUAUUUAUUUUUUAUUUCGUUUGCCUUUUGUUUUUUGUUUCUUUUUUCUUUACUUAUUUCUUUUAUCCUUUUUUGAAAUCUUUUUAUUAUUCUUUUCUCUUCACUUUUCUUUCGUUUUCGAUUUUCCUCAUAUUUCUUUCCACAUAUUUUUCUCAAAUCAAAUUUAUUGCUUCAUCUAUUGUUUUUCCUUUUUCCUUCAUUUCAUUAUUUUUCCUAAUUUCUGAUUCAUACGUUCUUUUCUUUUUCGUCUCUUUUAUUUAUUUUUUUUAUCUUUCUUUCAUCUUUUUGGGAGUUUAUUUCAUUUUCUUUCUUUAUCUUAUUCCUUCUUUACUUAUAUUUUCCUCCUCGUCUUUCCUUCUCAUAUUUUUCUUUAGUCAAACUUCUGUUUUUACCUUUUCUUUCUCUGCUUUUCUUUUUUUUUUCUCUCUUUCGUUCUUUUUCUUUACUCGUGCUUUUUUAGUUUUUCUUUUAUUCUUUUCUAUUUCUUUAUUUACUUUUUUUAUUCCUUUUAUCAUUUGUUUUCUCUUUUUUUCCUUCUUUGCUGUCGCCAUUCCUUUGUCGCUUUCAAUGUCUUUUUUUUCUCUUUCUUUUUCAGUUUUCCUACAUUAUUUACAUUAUUCGGAUUAUUAUUCUUUUAAUUUCUUUCUAUCUUUCGUUCUUUCUUCUUUAUUUCUGUCUUUCUCACUUUCUUCUUCUUUCUUUCUUUCUUCUUCAUUUCUGUUUUUCUUACGCUCUCUCUCUUUCUCUUUUUCUUUCUCUUCGUUUUUCUUUGUGAUUAUCUUUUCCCCUUCUUUCUUUCUUUUUUUUCUUUCUUUCUUUCGUUCUUUCUUCUUUAUUUCUCUUUUUCCCUUGUUUCUUUCUUCCGCUGUAUCUUUUUUCAUUUAUGUGUUCCUAACUCUCUUUUUCUUUCUUUCUUUCUUUCUGUUUUCUCGCUUUCGUUCUUUCUUUCUUUUCCUUUGUUUUCGUGGUUAUCUUUUACCCUUCUUUCUUUCCUCCUUCUUUAUUCUGACUUUCUCAUUAUUUUCUUUCUUCGUUCUUUCUUCUUUAUUUCUGUUUUCUAACUCUCUCUCUCUCUCUCUCUUUCUCACUUCCUUUCUUUCCUUCUUUCUUUCUGUCUUUCUCAUUCUUUUAUAUCUUUCUUAUCUUUUUCCCUUCAUCCUUUCUUUCUUUAUUUAUUUCUGCUUUUCUCACUCUUACUUUAUUUCUUUUCGCUUCUUCUUCGUCAUUAGCUUUUUCUUUCUUUCUUUCUUUCUUUCGUUCUUUCUUUCUUUCUUCUCCCCCCUUAUUUUCACUUUAUUUCUUUUAACAAUUUUGCAUCCUUUUCUUUUGCUUAAUUCUUUCUUUUUUCUUUCUUUCUUUUUUCUUUCUUUCUUUUUUCUUUCUUUCUUUUUUCCCUUGUUCUUCGAUAUUACCUUUUUCUUUUUUCUUUCUUUUUUUCUUAUCCGUUUUCUCUCCCUUUAUUUUCAAUUUAAUUUCACUUUAAUAAUUUUGCAUUCUUCUCUUUUGCUUAAUUCUUCAUUCAUUCAUUCAUUCAUUCUUUCUUUCUUUCUUUCUUUCUUUUCGCUUGUUCUUCGACAUUAG